CACGAGCGUCAGUGGUGACGUGGAGACGCAGAGCUAACAGAGUCAAACUUACACUGUUAAACACACUUUACUGGAAAUUUACCAUUACUAGUUACAACUAAUUUAGUUUUCUUCUGAAAAUACAUUGACGCUUGUCUUAAGGAACGCGAGGAGCUUUUCUGAGGCGCUGUCAAUUCUGACAUUCAUCAGGUUUUGCUUGGCUGGCGAUGAGGCUCUGAGACAGUCUCUCGUGGUUUCUGGAGGCGAUGGGUGCAAACACCAGUCAGGUGAGCGACCUGUCGGAGAGCCAGAGCAUCCGCAAUCUGAUUGGUCCAGACGCCAUAUCGGAGAAUGAGCCCUUCUGGAACCAGCUGAUCUCCUUCACCUUCACUAGCCCCACCUGCAGUGCUGAUGCUAAACUCCUGGAGGAGGCUGUCGUCCCGCUGGCUAAGACUCUGAUUCAGAACAACCCCAGGUCUGGGAACUUCGGGGCAUUGGUGAGAGUCUUUCUCAGCAGAACCAAAGAACUGAAGAUUUCCACAGAAUGCCAAGAUCAGUUAUUCAUCUGGCAGGCCCAUAAUGCUUUGUUUCUGGUGCGCUGUUUGCUGAAGGUCUUCAUCAGGGAGAUGAGUGAAGAGGAGCUGCACUUACAGUUCUCCUACCAGGAGAGGGCACCAGGAACCUACGACUCCAUCUGUGAGGAUCUUCUGGAGGAGCUGGUCUGUAAUUUGGUGCAUCUCAUCGUUGAAGUGCCGCUUCUUGACAUCACCUACAACAUCCUGUUUGAAUCUGUGACCAUCCUCCUGGUGCUGUUGUCCUAUCAGCUCUUUCACAAGGAGAUUCUGAGGGAGGGGCUUAUUUACGGCUACCUGACCAAAGGACGAUGUCUGUCUCUGACGAGUCGUCUGGUGAAGACGCUGCUGUAUAACUUCAUCAGACAGGAGAAAUGUCCCCCCGCCACUCACGUGUUGCAGACGCAGUCAGAUGGAGGAGGGCUACUGUACGGACUCGCAUCAGGAGUCGCCAGUGGGCUGUGGAGCGUGUUCACGUUAGGUGGAGUUGGCACCAGAACGGGGGCGGAGCAAGAGCAGAACCCGCUCCCGCUGUCCAAUCAGAGCCUGCUAUUACUGUUGGUUCUGGCUAAUCUGACCGACGGACCGGACUGUCCGAACCCCUACCGCCAGGCUGUUACCUGCUUCAAAAACACUCAAGAUACCUCGUCCAUCCCGUCUCCUCAGCCUCACACGUUUCAGAUCAACUUUAACAGUCUGUACACAGCACUGUGCGAGCAGCAGAAAUCAGACCAGGUGACAUUACUGCUCUACACGCUACUGCACCAGAACAGCAACAUGAGGACGUAUAUACUGUCCCGCACUGACAUGGAGAAUCUGGUGUUGCCGAUUCUGGAGAUCUUAUAUCAUGUCGAGGAGAGAAACUCUCAUCAUGUGUACAUGGCCCUCAUCAUCCUCCUCAUCCUAACAGAGGAUGACACCUUCAACCGCUCCAUACAUGAAGUGGUGUUGAAGAACAUCUCGUGGUAUACUGAGCGUGUUCUGACAGAGAUCUCUCUAGGCAGUCUGUUGAUCCUGGUUGUGAUUCGAACCAUCCAGUUCAACAUGACGCGAACCAGGGAUAAAUACCUCCACACGAACUGCCUGGCUGCCCUAGCCAACAUGUCGGCCCAGUUUCGUAACCUACACCAGUACGCCGCACAAAGGAUUAUAAGUUUGUUUGCUCUGCUGUCUAAGAAGCACAAUAAAGUUUUGGAGCAGGCGACCCAGUCCUUGCACGGGCCUCUGGGAGCAGACGACAGGACCGUCCUGCCCGACUAUGCUCAGGAUCUGAAUGUCAUCGAGGAGGUGAUCAGAAUGAUGUUGGAGAUUAUAAACUCCUGUCUGAGUAAUUCCCUCCAUCACAACCCGAACCUGCUGUACGCGCUGCUCUAUAAGCGAGAACUGUUCGAACAGUUUCGCUCGCAUCCCUCUUUCCAGGAUAUCAUGCAGAACCUUGACACGGUGAUUGGAUUCUUCAGCCAGCGACUGGAGCAGGCAGGAAGUGACCUAUCAGUGGAGAGAGUUCAAGAGGUCAUCAAGAAAGGUGCUGUGGCCCUCCCUAAAGACCGUCUGAAGGUAAGCACAUCAAAUGAACUCUCUUUCUGGCGUCAGCGGCCCUGUCGGUCCUUUUCCACCUCUUCACCCACCUGACCUCUUCACUCUAAU